CGUCAGUGUGCAUCACUGAAAUCAGUCCGCCCAGUCAGCGGCUGAAUAUCCAACAUCCACCCGGCUGCGGUCCUGUAGAGCAUUUAUCAGGAGUCAUGGGGCUCCUGCUGUCUCGAUGAACAUCUGAAAUCCUGCGGAACAUGAGCUGGUGAACCGUGAGAGAGAUUUCAGAGGACAUGGAUCGACAAAUUGAACAGGCUGUAUGUGACGAGGACACAAUGUCUUCCAGCACGGUGGGAAUGUCAGACUUAUCUGAUGAGAUCCUGCUGUGCAUCCUCCGCCAUGUUCCAGUGUGCAACCUGCUGAUGAAUGUAGCAAACGUCUGCCACAAGCUACGCACACUGUGCCAUGACAAGACCCUGCUCUCAAACGUCAGCUUGUCUGAGGAGUAUCAGGCCGAUGACCUGUUGGUUCGGCAAAUAUUGAAGCAGCUAGCCAAUCACGUGCAGUCUCUCAGCCUGAACGGUUGCUACUGGCUCUCCGGUUCUACGAUGGAGCUUCUCGCUCGCUGCAGAGGAGUAACACACCUUGAUGUGACUGGCUGUCGCAUUACCUCCCUCCGCCUCUCCCGCCUCCUCACCUCUCUCUCUCUGCUCAGAUCUCUGGCUUUUGAUGUGAUGCCAGGCUUUAACUCCGCUCAGCUCAGUUCAGAGGCAGUGGAUUCUCUGAGCCGCCUGUCGGAGCUCAGACAAACGCUGUUGACUCCAAGUUACGGUGUGGUGCCGUGCUGUGCACAACUCCGCAAGCUGAUGCUGCAGUUUGACAUCCCUGAUGUGACCAGAGAGGGUGUGGGAGUGUGCUGUCAGCUGAUGGUGGGUCAGAGCAGUGUGCCUCAUUACCAGCAGCUGGAAGAGUUCACAGCCAGGCUGGCUCCAGGAGAGGUAAACCAGACCUUGUUGCUGCUCUACCUGGCUGUGUUCAGCGUUCACGUUCCAAAGCGCCUCCGAGUUUUCCUGGUGUCGAUUCCUGGACCAAAUCCCGCUCACUGGCCUGCCGCUCCCUCCCUGGCUCAGAGUUUGGGUCUACAUGGUGACCUAGAGGCCCUGCAGUUGCCUCGCUCCUGGCUGGAUUCCUUGUCCCUGAAGAGAGCCCUGGAGGGAAACAGUCCGAAACACCUCAGUUUCAGUCGCUGCCCAGCGAUGUGGCCUCAGGUGUUCCGGUCUCUACUAGAUGGAGGGGUUCGAGAUUCUGCUCAGCUGACCAGCCUGAACCUCAGCGGGAUCAAUCAGGUCCUUUACUCGGAGUGCAGGAGUGUGGAUGAUCAGCUGGUUCCUGGGACAAUGGGCCAGCUUGCAGUUGGUUGUUCCAACAUUAAACACUUGAACCUGAUGCACACACACUAUCAUCAUGAAAGCUCCCCUGGACCACCUGGAGAAACACACUUGUGUGCCAGCUUGGCCAAAUUCAAACACCUGCACUCUCUCACUCUGCCUGUUUGUGCUCUGUCAGACGGGUUGAACACUCAUCAGAUCUCUACAAACAACACUCCCUCAGGGUUGUUCCUGGGGCUGAAGAAGCCUCCUCGCGUUGGGCUCCAGAACUACAAACCUGACUCGGAUGCCUCUCUGUCAGGAGACAGCACUACAGGGCUCUCUCAGCUCUUAGCAGACUCUCAUGUUUUACGAACAGUAGAGCUGAUCGGUCCAGGUUUUGUCUCUGUGCUGCCUCGGCUCGAGCCCUGCUCUCGUGCCAGCGUGGAGCCUCGUGGUAUGUGUGCGUGGGCACGAGGGGUUGGUGAUUCACACUUAGCAGCACUAGAGGCUUUGCCUCGAUUACGUCGCCUGACUCUGGCUGGGCUUCCUGGGGUCCUCAGGGGGACGGGGCUGGCACAGCUGACCAGGCAGUGCAAAGAUUUAAGGAUAUUAUCCCUCGCCAACAUUGGAUCUUUAAAAACCAUGAACUAUUCUUCUGCGUUACUGGAAACACUCAAACAGUGCACACAACUACAGGAACUCAGGUUAGAGCAGCCCUACCUGAACGCCAACGCGGCGUUCUUCGAGGCUCUGUCUUGUUGCUCCCGUCUGCAACGUCUCUGCCUCAUCUCACGCAGCGGCACCUUUGACCCCUCUGCCACAGAGACCUUCAUGGAGCGCUGCCCUCAUGUCAUCAUGUGCCACAUGUUCAUGGGCGGCACCUUGGUAGCUUGUCGUACGCUGCAGAAGACGCUGGUUGACAGAUUCUCAUCUGAGCGCUCAGCGCUGAGUGUGGUCAUCUAUCCGUUACAUCAUGAGGACUUGCCUUCAGUCAUCAGAGACAUCCCACUAACUCUGCUGGAUCGGAUCACGUUGUUCCAGAGCCAUGUGGCCCAACCACCUCAUUUAUCACCACUGUGACACCACUUGCUGUGAUUGGUGCUCAACAGAAUGAGGUGCUCUUUUUGUCUGCUGCAAAUAAAGUUUGCAAAUGAAGAGUGUGAUUGUCAUAUGAGCAGGGAUUUCUUAUUGUGUCAUUUGUAACUUCAGCAACUGUUUCAGGGCUGUUCAAAAAAAACAACACAUCGACCACGAUUGUUUACAUUUAUAUGUCUGAGUAAUUAAGGUCUUCAAAGGGGCUUUUUCAUCUUGUUGAUCCAGGACAUUUCUCAUUUGGUGCCAUUUAGGGCCUGGAGUUAUGUGAAACUUGAGGCCCAGUCAGAAAGCAUUUCUUUCUAGUAAUCCCAUCUGCUAUUAAAAUAAUAAGUGCCAUAGAAUAUGAAUUAAAGGAUGUAUUUGUUCAUUAACUUGUAAAGGUGAACUGAAUCAAAUCAAUGUAAUAAACUCCAUACAAAUGA